GGUGUGCUGCUCACUGUCGUCCACAGCACACGGUGAUUGCUGACCACUCGCUGAGCGCCAGCCACAUGGAGACCACUAUGAAACUGCUGAAGACCAGGGUGCAGUCCCGCCUGGCCCUUCACAAACAGUUUGCAUCCCUGGAACAUGGCAUUGUACCAGUUACCAGUGAUUGUCAGUGCCUCUUCCCUGCAAAGGUUGUCUCCCGCCUGGUGAAGUGGGUGACCAUUGCCCAUGAGGAUUACAUGGAGCUGCAUUUCACCAAGGACAUUGUGGAGGCGGGACUGGCUGAGGACACCCAUCUCUACUACAUGGCACUCGUGGAAAGGGGCACAGCCAAACUCCAGGCUGCUGUGGUGCUGAAUCCUGGCUACUCUUCCAUCCCACCCAUUUUCCAGCUGUGUCUGAACUGGAAAGGGGAGAAAACCAAUAGCAACGAUGACAACAUUCGGGCCAUGGAGAGUGAGGUCAACGUGUGCUACAAGGAGCUGUGCGGCCCCCGGCCCAGCCAUCAGCUCUUGACCAACCAGCUGCAGCGCCUGUGUGUGCUGUUGGAUGUCUACCUGGAGACUGACAGCCACGACGACAGUGUGGAGGGGCCCAAGGAGUUUCCCCAAGAGAAGAUGUGUCUGCGGCUUUUCAGGGGUCCCAGCAGGAUGAAGCCAUUUAAAUAUAACCAUCCUCAAGGAUUCUUCAGCCAUCGCUGACCUUCCACUCAGCCUGUUGUUUCCCCCUAUGCCCGAAGUGCUGUGCCUCUAUUUUCUGCUUUGGCCCACAUGUGGCUCUUGAUAUUCUCCAAAGACAGGUUUUUUUAUUUUUAUUUCUAGCCUAUUAAAGUGUCACUUGACCAGGUGG